AUGGCCCUCCCCAUCGCCAAGUCCUUCUACGACCUGAGUGCCACCACCCUGCAGGGGGAGAAGGUGGACUUCAACGUCUUCCGGGGCCGGGUGGUCCUCAUCGAGAACGUGGCCUCGCUCUGAGGGACCACCACCCGCGACUACACCCAGCUCAACAUGCUGCAGGCCCGCUACCCGCGCCGCCUGGUCGUCCUGGGCUUCCCCUGCAACCAGUUUGGCUACCAGGAGAACGGCAGCAACGAGGAGAUCCUCAACAGCCUGAAGCACGUGCGGCCGGGGGGCGGCUUCGAGCCCAACUUCACCCUCUUCCAGAAGUGCCAGGUGAACGGGCAGGACACCCACCCAGUCUUUGCCUACCUGAAGGCCCACCUGCCUGCACCAGCUGACGACGGGGCCCACCUGAUGGGCGAGCCUCGCUUCGUCACCUGGAGCCCCGUCAGACGGUCUGACAUCUCCUGGAACUUCGAGAAGUUCUUGGUGGGUCCCGAGGGGGAACCCUUCCGACGUUACAGCCCCCGCAUGGCCACCAUCCAGCUGGAGCCAGACAUCCAACGGCUCCUCAAGCUGGCAAAGUAG